UUGACGUUGUCAUUUCUAUUAUUCUAGUCUGCUGGUCAAAACCUUGUACCAGUUGUGUUAAUAGUUUAAUUUAUUUGGCUUUUUUCCGCUAAAAAUACGGAAUGAAAUUUUACGUAAAUUUACUGCUGCUGUGUAGCUGCUGUUGGGGCGCCUUGGCGUGGGAUUCCGAUGAGUUGGAAAUAUUUGAUUUGGUUGAAGAAAUCAACCAAAAUUUCUACGAAUUUAUGAACAUAUCACAAGAGGCUACAAAUAAUGAGAUUAAACGUGCCUUCCGUUCACUCUCUAUUGUCUUGCAUCCGGACAAAAAUCCAUCCGAAGACGCCAACAUACAAUUUCGUAACUUGGUAUCCAUCUACGAAGUGUUAAAGGAGGCGUCGAAACGCGAGAAGUAUAAUAAAGUUUUGCGUGAGGGCCUGCCAAAUUGGAAGUCGGCUUUAUAUUACUAUCGGCGUAUGCGUAAGAUUGGUCUCUACGAAGGGGCAGCAAUACUUUUCGUCAUUAUUACUAUUGGUCAGUAUUUGUUUGCCUGGGCUGCUUAUCUGGAAAAGAAAUAUACUGCCGAGCAAGUAUUUGGUUCUAAACUGAAAAAGUUACAGAAGAAAAAUAAAAGUAUUGAUAUGGACGUUAUACUAAAAGAAAUUCCUUCACCUUCAGUUUUGAAUACCUUGCCAUUUCAAAUUCCACUUUUUAUUUGGCAUUUGCCAAGCACUAUCAAAGAAGCAUUUAGUCGAGCUAAUGAGCUUAAGGAGAUUGCUUUAGAAAAACGGCGACUUGAACUUGAGGAAGUUAAGCGUCAAGAGGAGCUCGAACGUGAAUUGGAAGAACAGGCACGUUUACGUAAAGAAAAAAAGGAAAAUCUUCGCAAACGACGCCAAAACACCACAGCGCCCGAAAAGACUGACGAGGAAUUGCGUGGCUACUCGCGGAUACAAGCGCGUGAAUUGACCGAAGAUGAUGUCGUCAAGCCUGUACAACAAAAAGCAACACUAAGCGGUGGUUUCUGGACCGAUGAAGAUCUCACCGAAUUGAUACGCUUAGUGAAAAAACAUCCCGGUGGCUCGAGCGCACGUUGGAAUAUCAUUGCCGAAACAAUGAAUCGCUCUGUGCAAGAAGUGACUUUCAUGGCAGCGAAAAUGAAAGAAAACGGCUAUCGUCUUCCUGGACAAAGCUCCGAACAAAGCAGCGAGUUCACAACGCAAGUGCAAGAGGUGGCAAAGAAGGAGAAGGUGAAAAAAACUGCCGCAACUGACAAUCAAAUACUUGUGCCGGAAACAAAUUGGUCACAAGAACAGCAACGUGCUCUGGAAUCAGCAAUUAUUAAGUAUCGCAAAAAUGCAACUGGCGAUCGUUGGCAAAAAAUAGCCAACUGCGUGCCAGAAAAGACAAAGGAGGAGUGUUUAGUGCGCUAUAAAUAUUUGUGCGAAUUGGUAAAAUCACAGAAGAAGAGCGAAGAGGAAGCUGCUACAGCCAAUGACGCGGCGAACAAUGAGAAAGUGGAGACUGUAGUGGAAGAAGUGCCACCACCUGCCAAGAAUGUAGAGAAGAAUGACGCAGAUGACAAAACAACAGAGACGGGCGGUAAAAAGCGCAGUAAACGCGAAGAGCGAAGACGUCGGCGGAACAUGUCGAGCGAUGAGGAUUCAGAUGACGCUUAUCAAUACGAAAUGAAGUAAUGUUUGAGAGUAAAAAGGAAGCACAAUUGGCGUUUAGGCUAAAUAUUUUUAUGCUGAUAUGCUUUUAAGUUUUUUUAAGGUAAAUCUAUAAAAUCGUAGUUACCGUUUUUUUUACGUGUGGCUUGCUGCAUUUUGUUACGAAAAUAUUUUGUGUAUAUUAUUUUGCUAUUUUUUUUUUUUUACGUAAAGAAAAAGACUACUACAAAAUGCCACUCCUAUAUAAACAAAAAGCAGG